UCCUCUUUACAUCUGUUUUGUUUUGUUCCUUCCCUUCAUCCCCCUUCUUCCUUCAUCAUUACAUUGAUCCUACCGUACAUCAACAACGGACACGAAAAUAUUCGGUUUCGCUUUCAUUAUUACAAAUUUGAAGCACACAUAUCAUUCAUUCUCCAAGAAAAAAGAAGGGGAAAAAAGAAAUGCUUCCUCCUUUAAGGAGAUUCUAUGGGUUUGAGAGCUGGCUAGAUAAAGAUUCAGAAAAAAUCAACGGUGAGAAAUCAAAAUCGGAGAGGAAAUCAAGAGAAGCAUGCAAGAGUCACAGGGAAGCUGAAAGGAGACGCAGACAGCGAAUCAAUGCCCAUCUCUCCUCUCUUCGCUCUCUCCUCCCCAACACCACCAAGUCAGAUAAGGCGUCGUUGCUAGCGGAAGUGGUGCACCACGUGAAACGGUUGAGGAAGGAAGCUGAUGACGUAGCGAACCGUAACGAUGAGUCGUCGUCUUCGUGUAGUGGAGAACCCGGUUCAGUUGAUUCUACGGAAGUAGGUGAGACAUGGCCGUUUCCGGGAGAAUCGGAUGAGGCGACGGUGAGUUAUUGCGGCGGAGAGGAAGGGGAACCGAAGCGAAUGAAAGUGACAGUUUGUUGUGAAGACCGACCGGGACUGAACCGGGAUCUGACUAAAGCAAUCCGGUCGGUUCGGGCGAUACCGAUUCGAGCAGAGAUGAUGACAGUUGGAGGAAGGACCAAGAGUGUUAUGGUGGUGGAGUGGUGUAAAGGAAAGGGUGGUGGUGAUGGGAGAGAGGAGAAGGAGGUUGAAGCUUUGGAAAGGGGUUUGAAGGCGGUGAUAGAGAAUCGGGCUUUUGUUGAUUCUAGGAUGGGCCCAUUUAUGUUGGGUCUGAAACGGGCUCGGGAGAGUAAUUCUCAGGAAUGAGGACUUCUGCCAAUAUGUAAUUGGGAUUUUUCUUUUCUCUCUUUGUAGAAAUAUGUAGCAUUAUGGUUAAUUUUUCGAAUCAAUGAACAUGGAAAAGAAACAAAGACUAUAUGUCAAUAGAUGUUCGUUUAU